AGUUGUCUGUCUUUACUAACCGCCUGCACACGACCUAUCCAUCCACGUCAUUUCGAAGAAGACCUAAAUUCACCACGGAAGGCGGCUGGUGUAAGUGCGAUAAAGUUCCAGUGUGGGCGAGCAAGUUCGAUUAUUAGUGUUAUCUGAACAGUUGCACCACAACUCACCAAGACUUCAUCUACCCGGAAAUAUAUAUUUUAGUACAGUUCAAGGUCAGAUCUCAAUUAAAACACAGAGACAUGACUUCCCAGGGCUGCCUCAGUCUCAUCAAAUACUGCCUGUUCCUGUUCAACCUACUAUUUUUUUGUCUUGGAAUGCUCCUGCUCUCUCUUGGAUUGUGGAUUUUGUUUGAUGAAACGAGCUUCUUCCUCCCACCUCCCUCCUCAAUGUCACUCCCUCUACUGUCUUAUUUUCUGGCCAUUGGGGGCACCGUCACUAUGGCUGUGGGCUUUUUUGGAUGUCUGGGCGCACUGAAGGAAGUCAAGUGCAUGCUGGGAAUGUAUUUCUUCCUGCUCACCAUCCUGCUGGCUUCUCAAAUUGUGGGAGGAGUUCUGUUCUUCACACAGAAGACUGCGUUCGAGGACAGGUUAAAAGAACAUGUGAUUCAGAUCAUCACAUCAUUCGGAAAGAAUGAAUCCAACCUUUACAAUUUUGAGAAGACUCUGGAGUAUAUACAGAGAGAGAUUCACUGCUGUGGAUGGAGUGGGCCAGACGACUGGGUCAAUCAUGGAGUUAAUAAACCUCCCAGCUGUUACCAGCCAGUCAAUAUCACAGUGUAUCAUAAUCACUCUCUAAGUAGCAUCCCUGAAAUGAGAACAGGCAUGAACAGACACGAGCUGCCCCACUCCUCAUCAAACUACACCUCCUCCAUUUAUGAACAAGGUUGCAAAGUUGUUUUCAAGAAGUGGCUGCAAGAAAACAUGCUUGUCAUUUUUGGCAUUUUACUUGCUGUGGUGCUGGUGGAGCUCUGUGGUAUGACCCUUUCGAUGUGUCUGUAUAGGCAGAUCACCUUGGAUUAUAACAUGCUGACGCGCUACUCCUAAAUCAAGAGUGGCAAUGGGAGACAUCUUUGUACAUUGGUCUUUAUGUAACAGCUUCAAGAAACUGAAAGAUUACCAGUUUCCAAGAAGUUUUUAUUGUAAGUUAAGAA